AUGACUACUGAUGUUACUGUUCAACCUGCUGCUGCUGGUACUUCAACCAAAAAGGCUUCAACUUCUGCUCCAAAGAGUGUAAAGAAAUCUUCUCAUCCAGUUUAUGCUGAUAUGGUUAAGAAAGCUAUUAUUGAAUUGAAAGAAAAGAAAGGAUCUUCAAAACCAGCUAUUCUUAAGUAUAUCAAGGCUCAUUAUAAUCUUGGGGACAAAAAUAUUAAUUCUGUCAAUCUUCACAUUAAGCAGGCUUUGAAAAAGGGACUUACUAGUGGAAUUCUCAAACAAACAUCUGGUAAUGGAGCUUCUGGAUCAUUCACAGUUAUAACCAAGGUUGAUAAGAAACCAAAGGUUGUCAAAAAGGUUAAGAAAACUGAAAAACCAAGUGCCGAAAAAAAAGUCGUCAAAAAGGCAGUUGUCAAAAAAUCUUCUGAAGCUAAAAAGGUAACUGAUUCAAAAAAAUCUACAGAUGUUAAAAAAACCCCUGAGACUAAAAAAGCUGUUAAGGCUCCAAAAGCCAAAGCUACAGAGAAGAAAGUUUUAAAAAAAGCCAUCGUGAAAAAAACUAAAGCUGCAACUCCAUUAAAGAAAGCAGCUACAAAAGUCGUCAAGAAGGCAGCUGAUACUAAAAAGAAGAGUUCCAGUAAGAAGGUAACAGAUAAAAAAAAUUAA